AUGCGAGCUAUGGCUGUGUUUGAUAUUCUUAUGUUAUAUGGAUGGAAUAUUGAUCAUUAUUUUUCUGUUAUUCCAUUUUUAAUUGUUGAUUGUUUUUACACAACCAAUGGAACUGUUUCAAUAGAAUCUUUAGCUUUUCAAAUGUAUCCAUUAUGGGAUCAAAUAAAUUUAGGUAUUUCUGUUUGUGCACCAUUUAUACUAAUGGUUAUAUUAAAUAGUGGUGUAAUCUAUUACUUAAUUCAACUUAAACGUAAGACAACAAUUCAAAAUUCUCGAAUUCAACAUAAAGCUAUUUCAGUUACACUUGUUAUUACAACAUUUAUGUUUUUAAUGAUGAGAAUACCAACAACUGUAACUUGA